AAGAUUAGCUAGGGGGACUCGAGCAGCACGUGUAGCUGGAAGCACGUCAAAACAGAAUCAACCAAGACUGUAUUACUUCCUCCUUUCUCUUUUUUUUUUUCUCUCUCAACAACACCUGAGUCAGUGGCAUAGACCACAAUCAAAGAAUCUACACCCAAAGCAAAACAAAUCAAAUCAGAUUUAACCUUUGCACCGACUCACUUCAAUUCAACUUCGCCGCGGGCAUGGCCAACGAUGAUUGCUGCGCCACUCAACUCAUUGACGGCAACGGCGAUUUCAACGUGGCGGGUCUCGACAACUUCAUCAAGACCGUUAAUCUCGCUUCUCGUGGCCUUUCCUAUGCCGUAGUUGCUAUCAUGGGACCUCAAAGUAGCGGGAAGAGUACGUUGAUGAAUCAUCUUUUCCACACAACUUUCAGGGAGAUGGAUGCCUUCAGGGGAAGAUCUCAAACGACCAGGGGCAUUUGGAUAGCCAAAUGUAUGGGGAUUGAGCCAUGCACAAUUGCUAUGGAUUUAGAGGGUACUGAUGGAAGGGAAAGGGGCGAGGAUGAUACUACUUUUGAGAAACAGAGUGCCCUUUUUGCUUUGGCUGUAUCAGAUAUUGUUCUGAUAAACAUGUGGUGUCAUGAUAUUGGCCGAGAACAAGCAGCCAAUAAACCUCUCUUAAAAACAGUUUUUCAGGUCAUGAUGCGUUUAUUCAGUCCACGUAAAACAACAUUGCUUUUUGUUAUACGUGAUAAAACAAAGACCCCACUUGAACAUUUGGAGCCUAUUCUAAGGGAAGAUAUUCAGAAGAUUUGGGAUAAUGUUCGAAAACCCGAAGCUCAUCAACAUACUCCUCUUAGUGAAUUUUUUAAUGUAGAGGUUACUGCUUUGUCAAGCUACGAGGGCAAGGAGGAUAAAUUCAAAGAGGAGGUUGCUGAAUUACGGCAGCGUUUUUUCCAUUCUAUAGCACCUGGAGGUCUUGCUGGUGAUCGGCGUGGCGUUGUGCCUGCUUCUGCCUUUUCUAUUAGUGCACAGCAAAUAUGGAAAGUCAUUCGAGAAAACAAGGAUCUUGAUCUUCCAGCUCACAAGGUAAUGGUUGCAACUGUGCGCUGUGAAGAGAUUGCUAAUGAAAAGCUUAGCCAUCUACGCUCCAAUGAGAAUUGGUUGGAAUUGGAGGAAGCUGUCCAAAUAGGUCCAGUGCGAGGUUUUGGGGAAAAGCUGAGUUCAAUUAUUGAUGCCUACCUUUCUCAAUAUGAUGAGGAGGCAAUCUUCUUUGAUGAAGCUGUGAGAAAUGCAAAACGAAAGCAAUUGGAAUCGAGGGCUUUAGAUUUUGUGUAUCCUGCAUAUACAACAUUGCUAGGGCAUCUACGCUCUAAAGCUCUAGAAGAUUUUAAGACUAAGCUGGAACAAUCGCUAAACAAUGGAGAAGGGUUUGCUUCAUCUGUUCGCAUGUUGACUCAGUCUAUUAUGCUCGAGUUUGACAAAGCAACUGCUGAUGCUGCUAUAAGACAUGCUAAUUGGGGUGCUUCAAAAGUGCGAGACAAACUUCUUCGUGAUAUUGAUUCACAUGCUUCAUCAGUGUGCAAUGCAAAAUUAUCUGGGAUAACAACUAAUUUUGAGAAAAAAUUGGCCAAGGCAUUGAAUGAUCCUGUGGAGUCUCUCUUUGAAGCAGGUGGAAAGGACACCUGGCUUUCAAUAAGAGAACUACUUAAACGUGAAACUGCAGCUGCUGUAUCAGAAUUUUCAGCUUCCAUUACGGGUUUUGAGUUGGAUGAAGAAACAGUUGAAAGAAUGCAGCAAAGCUUAAGAGACUAUGCAAGAAAAGUGGUGGAAAAUAAAGCAAGAGAAGAAGCUGGAAAGAUUAUGAUACGCAUGAAAGAUAGGUUCUCUACAGUGUUCAACCAUGAUAAUGAUUCACUCCCUAGGGUUUGGACAGGGAAGGAGGAUAUUAGAGCUAUUACAAGGGAUGCUCACUCUGCGGCACUGAAGCUUCUAUCAGAUAUGGCUGCUAUACGCUUGGAUGAGAAGCCAGAUCAUAUUGAAAGUGUACUUUAUUCAUCUCUCAUAGAUAAAACUGGUACUGCAACAUCAUCCCACUAUAUAAGCAGUAGAGAAGCUUCUGUUGAUGCACUGGCUUCAAGCACAUGGGAGGAGGUUGCCCCAGAAACUGUUAUUAUCUCUCCAGUGCAGUGCAAGGCUUUGUGGAGACAAUUCCGGGGAGAAACUGAGUAUACAAUUACACAAGCUAUUUCUGCUCAGGAGGCCUACAAGCGGAGUAACAAUUGGUUACCUCCUCCAUGGGCAAUAAUGGCAAUGAUCGUACUUGGUUUUAAUGAAUUUAUGAUGCUUCUAAAAAAUCCUCUCUAUCUGAUGAUUAUAUUUGUUGCUUAUCUAAUUGGAAAGGCCAUUUGGGUACAAAUGGACAUAGCCGGAGAGCUUCGACAUGGCACUCUGCCCGGACUACUAUCCAUUUCAUCGAAGUUUCUUCCGACAGUUAUGAACCUCAUUAAACAUCUUGCUGAAGAAGCUCAGGGAAAUCCAACACCUGAACAAGCUCAGGGAAAUCCAACACCUGAACGAACAGAGCCACAAAGUUCAGCUCCUCAGAUAUUCAGAAAUCAACUGCAAAAUCCUGAUCUAGUAUCAAGCUCAGUCUCCAAUUCGGCUGUAUCAAGUGUUGGUUCAUCUGGUGGUGAUAAUGAGUGCUCAACCACAAACUUGUCUCAGAGGCGAAGAACAAACGUUCCAGAAGCUGAAUUUUCAUGACAAUUUAAUUUGAAGGCGGUUGGCAUCAGAAUAGAAUAUGCACCAGUUAGGGUGUUUUCCCAGAUCAGUUUUGUAUUAUUGUUCUACAUCUAUAUUUUGCUGCUCUUAUUUACUGUCUGAUUAUAUGAAGGACCCCUAUUUGGGUUCUACUACUACAAAAUAUUACCUGUCAAAUAGUGAUGGAGUAACAAUGUUACGAACUAAUUUCCCUUAAAAAUUAGCAACUAUAAAAUGUUUUGGUUGCUUAUUGUCGUCUUUUUAUUUCUUGUCACGCUGUCGUCGUUUUAUUGACACAUGAAAUUGACUCUUAUGAGAAUUCAU